AUGUCUACUGACGAGUUGGUCUCCUCACUUAGUUGUACUGAACUGCUUGCGGAUUCCCCUUCGACAUCAAGAAACCAACAACGAUCUGAGAAUCGAAGACGUUCUAAUCGUAUCGUUUUGCAACCCGUCACCAACAAAGUUCUUGGUUCGGCUGUAGUUUCCCGCAAAAGAACAUCUGCUGAUAGUCGGUUGAACACUGCUCAGCAUGUAGCUGUAGGAACAUUGUCUGAUAAAGCACUUGCUGCGGAUACUAGAGUUUUAGCCAAUUUACGCAUUGCCGAGACCAUGACGACAGUUAAUAGCCAUUACUUCACCUCGGUCCAGGAUCAUGUCCAACCCAUUCAUCGCGAACAAGCCAUUGAAUGGAUUUAUGAUGUUUCCAAGGAAGAACGAUGUGAUGCAGACAUCUUCCCUUUGGCUGUAUCUUUGAUGGAUCGAUUUCUAUCUAUUCAAAAUAUUUUUAAAACUGAUAUUCAGGUUUUGGCUGGAGUUUGUUUGUUUAUUGCUAGUAAGGUCAAAGCUCCUCAGCCCUUGAAUGCGCAACGAAUGUCAUACUACACGGCUGAUAGCGUUCAAGUUCAUGACUUCUUGGCCUGGGAGUUGUUAGUUUUAUCUCAGUUGGAUUGGGAUAUUAAUUGUCCCACAGCCUUUGAUUUUUUUGACCAACUGGCAGCACAUGUCCCAUCCCUCGCUUUGGUCAAAGACGACUUUACCUCCGUAGUACAUAAAAUUCAAAAAAAUGUUAAACUAGGCAUGAUGCUUCCUUCAAUACAAUGCGCUCUUUCAUUAGUUUACGCUGCUGAACGAUUCGCCAAUCAGAGCUUGGUGAAUGAAUUAGCUAGGAUAUUGCCAAUGACCUUAGGCAUGGAAAUGAAAAUUCUCAAAGGCUUCUCCCCAUUACUAGAACGGGCUAUCUCUGAUGGAAGUCACACUCUGGCUGCUUCUCCUUGUGCUCCGCCAACUUCUUGCCGGACGCCAUCUCCAUCUAUGGCUGCAUGUCCAUUCGUGCCAGCAACUCCUAAUAAUGACUCUGGCUUCUGUUCUGGCGUCAGCUCUCCCGAAUCUGCGUGUAAGAAGGAUCUCGACUGUUCUCCACCUAAGCAUGCUCGACUGUCAUGCUGA